CACAAUGUCUGUUCACUGCUGAGUUAUUGAGGAACGGCACAGAGGGAGACUCCUUUCUAAGCGACUCAAGUGUGCGGUGAUUCAGUUCAGGCCUUCUGAAGAGACAGCCUCAUACCUUAAUGAGUGACUCAGAAUCAUCAGAAAGUACCUUUGAUGAUCAGGACUUUGGUGAUUCGCGGAUGUAUGAUGCAGAUUUCCGCGGACCCACUGCCGACAGGAGUUGUACGGACGUUCUGUGCUGUAUGAUCUUCAUACUGUUUGUUACGGGCUACAUCCUGUUAGGACUCGUGGCUUGGACACAUGGUGACCCCAGGAGAAUGGCCUAUCCUACAGACAGCCGGGGACACUUUUGUGGCCAGAAGGGAACCCCCAAUGAGAACAAGACCCUUUUGUUUUACUUUAACCUGUUCAGCUGUGCCAGCUCCACCGUGAUGUUCACGCUCCAGUGCCCGACUACACAGAUCUGCAUCUCCAGAUGCCCAGAGAAGUUUCUAACCUACGUGGAAAUGCAGUUUUUGAGCAAAGAAGACAAAAGCCACUGGGAAUACUAUCGCCAGUUCUGCAAGGCCACGGCCAGGCCUGCAAAGUCUCUCUUAGAUCUUCUGUCCCGUGGUGACUGUCCCCCAGCGCUCUAUCCCAGCAGACCCUUCCUGCAGAGAUGCAUACCUGACUUCUCAAUCAUCAAUGGAGUCUUAACAGUAGGAAGCAGGAUGCAGGUUGAAGAUGGAACUGGGAGGAUCAGAAAUACCGUAGAGCUCAGGGAGGCUGCAGCUGGCAUCAGUAAAAUCUUUGAUGCCAGGACAAUCGGACUGAAGGUGUUUGAAGACUACGCGACCUCCUGGAAAUGGAUCCUUGUUGGCCUGACCUUCGCCAUGGCACUGAGUUGGAGUUUUCUGAUCCUCCUGAGAUACAUAGCUGAAUUCCUCUUCUGGGUCUUCAUGCUUGGCGUGCUUGGAAUUAUAGGAUAUGGCAUAUGGUACUGUUAUCUGGAGUACCAUGGCCUCCAGCAGAAACCGCAGUCCAGCAUCCUGAUAUACGACAUCGGAGUUCAGACCAGCAUAAGCAUGUUCUUUCAGCUGAAGCAGACGUGGUUCUCAAUGAUGAUCAUCUUGUCCGUCAUCGAGGCCAUCAUCGUCCUCGUGCUGAUCUUCCUCAGGAGUCGGAUCCGGGUAGCCCUCGUCAUGCUGAAGGAAGGAAGCAAGGCCAUCAGCUACAUCCCCAGCACGCUGUUGUACCCGAUUUUAACUUUCAUCUUGCUGUCUGUCUGUAUUUCCUACUGGGCGGUGACAGCCGUUUUCUUGGCUACAUCAGGGGUACCAAUAUUCAAAGUUAUGGUCCCAGAGGGGAAAUGUAUCUAUGAAGAUGAAACUUGUGACCCAGAUAUUUUCCCUGAAACUAACGUUCCCAAAGUCUGCCCCGGGGCCUCCUGUAACUUCGCUUCCUACAGUGGAAGGAGUGCGUUUCACAAUUACAUCAUGAUCCUCCAGAUCUACAACCUCUUUGCCUUCCUCUGGCUUAUAAACUUCGUCAUUGCGUUGGGUCAGUGCACCCUCGCGGGGGCCUUUGCUUCAUACUACUGGGCCAUGAGGAAACCCGAGGACAUCCCGAAAUACCCGCUCUUCGUUGCCUUCGGACGAGCGGUGCGAUACCACACGGGGUCCCUGGCCUUCGGAUCAUUGAUCCUCUCGUCACUCCAGACGUUCAAAGUCAUCAUAGAGUACCUGGACAGGCGGCUGAAAAAGGCACAGAACAGCGUUGCCAGGUUCCUCCAGUGCUGCCUGCGGUGCUGUUUCUGGUGUUUGGAGAAGAUGGUGAAGUUUUUAAACAGAAAUGCCUAUAUCAUGAUCGCAUUAUAUGGCAAAAAUUUCUGUGAGUCAACAAAAAAUGCUUUCUAUCUGCUCAUGAGAAACAUUUUGAAAGUCGCAGUUACAGACGAAGUCACACACUUUGUAUUACUCCUGGGGAAAAUUCUAGUGUCUGGGAUUGUAGGUAUCCUGGCCUUCCUACUCUUCACAGACAGGCUGCAAAGGAUUGUAGAAGGACCGACAACUUUAAAUUACUACUGGGUACCUUUUCUGACUCUGGUGGUUGGAUCUUACCUGAUUGCUCAUGGGUGCUUCAGCGUCUACUCAAUGUGUGUUGAAACCAUUUUCAUCUGCUUCUGUGAAGAUGUGGAGAGAAACGACGGCUCUGCAGAGAAACCUUACUUUAUAACCCCCAGCCUGCACAGGAUUCUCACCAAGAAGCGCCCAGGUCCCCAGAGACAGACAGAGUAGAAAAGCUCCAGGCAGGAGCUCUGUGAAUUAGGUUGAUUGCAAUGUGAAAACGUUGCUUUGGAGCAGGGUGCAAACUCCGCGCUGUUUCUAAAAAGGCUGCAAUUGGUACCACUUGGGAGGAGCAGGCGUUGGACAGUGGCCUCACUUUCUUUCUAGACUGUGGUCCCAACUGCAGAAACUGCAGCUGACAAUGUUUUACUAACUUUUAUAACUUUGCUAGCCUUUCGUUUUUAUAAGUGUAUAUUUGUAAAGGAUAUUCAGGCAGGUUUUUUUUUAAACAAGACUAUAAAUAUGUGAUUGAUUAGCCAUAAACUUACAGAGUUGUAGUUGACCAACGUAUGGUACUAAAUUUGUAAGUAUGGUGCUAUGGUUAUAGUUACUGCUUAAGCUGAGCAACAGCUCUCUAAACUGUGAUUCAACUCGUAACCCUGGUUCCCUAGAAAGCAUAUUUCAAUCUGGUGAGUCCGUCCACGACAAGCAUGUGAAGCGCAGGUCCCAUAGGUUCCGUGGCUAGCAUCGCUGCAGGUGACGUGAACCUGUGGCCCUGUGGUCCAUCUGUUUCAGAGACAUGAGACUCCUACUGGGGUCCAAUCUGGUUUGUGGAUAUCGUUUCCUUUACUAUCAGCCUUUGGCCACCCUGAGAAUAUUCUGAAAGAGCAGAAAUGGCUACCUCGUUCAUCUCUUGCCUUUUGCCCGAGUUUCCUGUUCCAGUCAUGUAGAAAGCCUUUGGACUCUCCUCAUCACGGGAACAUGCCUGUGUUCUUGUGACUUCUGCAGGUCUGAGUUCCGCUUUCAGUGAGGGAAGCACGCUGCUGGUCCCUUCAGAUUUUAGUCUGUCAAGUACCGCAUCUGAUACUUUCAAGGGUGUGCUUGGUUCAAACUGGAAAAUCUUCUCCCCACACCACACCCCCAGGGCUUAGGGAGGAAGCUGGUUUCUUGUGGCCGUACCUAAAUGUCACAGGUGAACUGGACCCAUACACCUGUCUGCUCUUUCCCGUGUGUGGAGGGGACCAGUGGGCCACAUGGCUAAUUAAAGCCCCUCCAAAGAGCAUAGGACUAAUCAGUGCCAUUUUGGUUUUGAUGCUAAACUCAUGUCAGAUUGUCUGUAUAUUAAUAAUGAAAUGUGUGGAUAUCAAUAUGGCCCUCACAUUUGAGAGUCGGAAAUAUAUCCUGGAGUUAUAAGUUAAUAUAAGCGCUAAUUUAUUUAAUAAUCCUGAAGUGUGUGGACCUAGAUUUAGAACAGUUUUAUGGAGACUUCCUACAGACAGUCAAUUGUUCCAGAAGGUUUUCAGUGUGUCAUCCAAAUGUCACUUGGAAAAGAGCCUUCUUUCCUUCCUUGAAAAGGAAGAGAAAAGUGAUCGCUUAUCUUUUUCUUGAAUUUUAGUAGUAUUUUGUUUUCCACCAUGCAAGAACCUCAACAAAGGUGUUUAGGAAUGUAAUAUUUACCAGUGAAGCUGCAGCCGCAGGUGUCUCUUGUCUGGAUGUGGGCGUCUCUGGAUCGUAAUAAGAUACUUCAGUUGAUCCAGCUACACACACAAAUUAGCGAUCGAUCAGAUGCGAGAAACUAGCCGUUGUUUUGCUGUGUUGUGGUGUAUUCCCCAGAAACAUAGUCUCUGUUUAUUACUACUGUACUUAAAAUGCGUAGCGUAAAAAUGAAUGUUGUUUCUGAGAAGAAUUUUAGAAGCCAUUUUCUUAUACAGCAAUUAAAGUUUUUAAAACAAAGAGCAAUAUUUUCAGAACUGUCCGUGGAAGGUUUUGAAAUUAAUUGUAAAGACCACUUUGUCAAGGUUUUACAUUCUAAGUUGUCAUUGGCAAAACAAAGGCAAUUUGGAAACAUAUUGUAAUUUAGAAAGUAAAUUUGGGUGGGGAGUAAACGUGGUUUCCUCAGUCAUUCCAUGGAAAGGCUUGAACUUUCGCCAGAACUGACCUGGGACACGGAAUGAAAUGAUACCUUAUCGAUGUAUUAACAAGGGCUGAUUGUUCUCCAUAGCUGUUUACAAUGAUGCUGAUGGCGUCUUAAAAAAGCGAUGUUUGGCGUUGUGCAGCGGGUGGGCAGCAGGUGGCGAUGUUGCUCCUCCCACCGUUUUGCUGCGCUCUUGACGCUCUGCCCUCCUCCCUCCUAGUGGAAGACUUAGAAAGAAACGAAGGCUCUCCUUCCAGACCCUAUUUCGUGACUCCGUCCCUAAUGAAACUUUUGAUGGAGCACAAAACGGAUAAGAAGCAGUAGGA